AUACAUACACAGAUGAGUGACAGUAAACCAGUCACUUUUGUCAAUAUAGUUGGAUCAUCUCCACCUCCUACAACAUCAACAACAACAUCAUCAAUCAGUUUCUCAUUCGGUGGCGGUAACAACAAUGGACCAUUAGGAUUGGCAAACAAGAAGAGGAAGGAGCCAGAGACUUCAUCUACAACAACGUCAAAAGACAACUUUAUACUUUCACUCGAGGGAACAAAGAUCACUUCAUCAAUACCAGAACAACCAGCAGUUGCUCCAAAGGUCAUCCCUCUUUCACAACAACGACAUAUCAACUCCAAUGAUGAUAACAAUGUAGUCUCGAACAAUAUACAAACAGAACAACAAGAUGCACAAGAUGAACAAGACAAGAACAAAAGACUGAAACAGGAAAAGGAUAUUGAGGUUGACAGUGAUACAUCAAUGCCACCAAGCGAUGUUGGUCAUAUUGUUGAGAAGUUCAAUCCAAAGCAACAUGGACUACAGGUCAAAGAGAAGAGACAAUCGAUCAAACCAGUCACUGGCUCGGGUACAAACACCGCCGCCACUCAAGUCAGACCUUUGAUCGAUAAGUUGGACGGACUCGAGAACUACAAGGACGAGAAUGAGAAGUUCAAGUAUGAUAUGAACUCUCGGCCAGACCAGGCCGACAUUGACGACUAUGAAGAGACGCCUAUCGAGGUGUUUGGAGAGGCUAUGCUCAGGGGCAUGGGCUGGGCGCCAGGCAAGGGUAUCGGACUCAGCAGCAAGAGCGAUGUGGAACCAAUCAAGUUUGUAAAGCGCGCUGGAUACAGGCUUGGACUCGGUGCCAAACCAGCAGAUGUGAGCGAUAAAGACAAAAAGUACUUAGUUGCGCCAACAGGCGAAGACGGACGAGUGCGUCAUACCAUUGGCUUGGACACCAAGCUGGUGUCAAUGAAGUAUGGACUGGACGUUGGUGACAAGGUACUCGUGGUGGCUGGUACACACGAGGGAAUGUACGCAAUCGUCAAUUCAAUACCGAAUGAAUCCAAGGUGGUCAUCAGCUUUGCAUCAGAGGAGAAGGCGGUCGUCGACAAGUCCGAUCUUCAAAUCGUUGAGCAUGGCAAGGCUACAAACGCAACAUCCUCAAGCAAAGCGAAUGGAAAUGGAAAGUCAAGCAGCAAUGGCAGCAAUAGUGGUAGCAGCAGUAGCAGUAGCAAACAACCAAUCAAGACUAUUGUAUCAAACAAUGACAAUGAUAAUGAAGAAGAGACAUGGCUAAGAAGUAACAUCAUGGUCAAGAUCGUCAGUAAGAGCUUGGGAGAUGGAAAGUACUACAACAAGAAGGCAACAGUGGUCGAUGUCACUGGUGAGCGACUAUGUGUGUUGGAGCUUGACGGCGGCAAGGUGUUGGAGAACGUCAAGCAGCGAUGGCUAGAGACAGCCAUCCCACGAGACAAGGGUUCAUCCGUGAUCAUCGUCCAGGGCAAGUACCGCGGACGACUUGGCACAUUGAUAGAGCGAUCACAGAGUAGCAGUAGCAAGAAAGAGGUGGCCAUCAUCCAGAUGGUUGGCGACUUAUCCGUACGAGAGUUUGACCUGGACGAUAUCUGUCAGUAUGUUGGAAGCAAGGAUAUGGAGUAC